CGCCUUCUACCUUGACUGGCCGUACCCGCAUUUCUCCCAGGCAGUGCUGGAAAUUGGUUUGUCAUAUUUGCAGAGCGGUCUGUAAGAAAAGCAAAUACUUUUUUGUGAUUUUUUGACUUUGGAGUUUCCCCAAACUUUCCUUAAAUAUCCUGGAUACUCAACUGCGUUUUGCCUCUGGGCUCUUUGGACGUGAUGUAGCAACUGCACAAGGAGACGCGUUGUGCCUGUGUAAAGGGACAGUCAUCUGGAUACCAAACACGGAGCCUGUUCUUUUCUCCUGCUAUAUCGUUAGAAUACACGGAUUCUAGCCAUUCACGGCUCAACAACCGAGCGACUUUUCAAAAGAACAUUUUAAUUGGAGUUAUGCGGAAACAUUAUUAUGGUUCACGUUUCUUUCUCAUCUGACUGUUUGAGGAGAUAGGCAAAUGCAUGUCGCUCUGUGCGUAAGGACAAAAUCAAGUGGAUAAAGACAAUUGUGCGAAUUUUUUAACGACUUACACUUUCAAUGGCAGGACUUGAAGGGUAUCAUCGCGUUUUUAUUAUCAUCUAAGGCACGAUUGGAUUAUGGCCCUCUGAAAUGUGAUGCCCUGGAUUAAUAAGGAACUCGGCCAAGCAAAGAACCACUCACACAGGGUAGGACCGGGGCGGUGACGGGAGCAGAGCGGGACGGCACCAGAGCUUGGGACCGUACCAGGGGGCGCCACCCUGCGGAGAGGAGCCGUCGAGGACAGCACUCGUGUCGGGCGCGCCAGGGAAGUCCUGAGCCCUCGGCCGGACGGAUCAGCAGCGGGCGGUGGAGCGAGAGGAGAGAGGGGAGGCCAUGUGGACCGCACGCCUGCUCCUCCUCGCCAGCCUGUUUGCGCCAGCAGCUCUGGCGUUCAGUCGAGCGCCCAUCCCCAUGGCGGUGGUGAGGAGGGAGCUGUCGUGCGAAAGCUACCCCAUCGAGCUGCGCUGCCCGGGCACCGACGUCAUCAUGAUCGAGAGCGCCAACUACGGCCGCACCGACGACAAGAUCUGCGACGCCGACCCGGCCCAGAUGGAGAACACGCGCUGCUACCUGCCCGAUGCAUACAAGAUCAUGUCCCAAAGAUGCAAUAACCGGACUCAGUGUGCGGUGGUGGCUGGACCUGAUGUCUUUCCUGACCCGUGCCCUGGGACCUAUAAGUACCUGGAGGUCCAGUACGAAUGUGUGCCGUACAAAGUGGAGCAGAAAGUAUUCCUGUGCCCAGGCCUACUGCGAGGGGUGUACCAGAGCGAACACCUCUUUGAGUCGGACCACCAGUCUGGCGCCUGGUGCAAAGACCCCCUCCAAGCGUCUGAUAAAAUCUACUACAUGCCCUGGACUCCCUACCGCACCGACACGCUCACAGAGUACUCCUCCAAGGAAGACUUCAUUGCCGGGCGACCGACAACAACGUACAAGCUCCCUCACCGCGUGGACGGCACGGGCUUCGUGGUGUACGACGGCGCCCUGUUCUUCAACAAGGAGCGCACGCGCAACAUUGUCAAGUUCGACCUGCGCACGCGCAUCAAGAGCGGCGAGGCCAUCAUCGCCAACGCCAACUACCACGACACGUCGCCAUACCGCUGGGGCGGCAAGUCGGACAUCGACCUGGCGGUGGACGAGAACGGCCUGUGGGUGAUCUACGCCACGGAGCAGAACAACGGGCGCAUGGUCAUCAGCCAGCUGAACCCGUACACGCUGCGCGUGGAGGGCACCUGGGACACGGCGUACGACAAGCGCUCGGCGUCCAACGCCUUCAUGAUCUGCGGCGUCCUGUACGUGGUGAAGACGGUGUACGAGGACGAUGACAACGAGGCCACGGGGAACAAGAUCGACUACAUCUACAACACGGAGCUGAGCAAGGACGGCUUCCUGGACAUCCCCUUCCCCAACUCCUACCAGUACAUCGCCGCUGUGGAUUACAAUCCCAGAGACAACCUGCUGUACGUGUGGAACAACUACCACGUAGUCAAGUACUCACUGGAUUUCGGGGCGUUGGACAAUAGACAAGGCCCCCAGGCCUCCGCCCCCAUGCAACUGCUGAGGGCACUGCAACGCAUGAUCUGCCCAGCCAAUGGGGCAUGGGAUAUGGGCAAUGGAGCAGUCGAGCUGUUCCUGGGAUCACAGCUGGGUCUCGAGUCGGCACGCCACAGCACAGUCGGGGCACGGCGCGCACACAUCCAGAACAGGGCAGGUGGGUGCCUGUGCGAUGGGUGCCGUAUGGUUUUCGCUGCUCCGGGCACGCGGGCCAUCCGCUCGCAGGCUCUGGCCGCGUCACGCGCAAGGGGCCGUGCAUGCGCCCGCGCGUCAGCUCGCGUUAGCGUCCGAGCCGCGGUUUUUCCCCCUCGUCGUCCCGCUCUGGGCUUCCUGAUCGCUGCGGCGCGUAUGUUCCAUCCCAACGCCCUGAGAGCUGGAGAGACUGCCGCUGUCAUAGCCAGGGAACUGGCAGAGCAAACCAAGAGUCCGCUCCAGGCGGGGGAUAUCACCUACACCGUCAAAGCCAUGGGUCAGCUGGUGGACCUACUGGACGUGCAGCUGAGAAACCUCACCCCUGGAGGCAAAGAUAGCGCCGCCCGCAGCCUAAACAAACUGCAGAAACGAGAACGCUCGUGCCGGUUUUACGUACAGGCGAUGGUGGAGACGGUGAACAACCUGCUGCAGCCCCAGGCCCAGGCGGCGUGGAGGGACCUGAGCAGCGGGGAGCAGCUCCGCGCCGCCACCAUGCUGCUGGACACGGUGGAGCAGGGGGCCUUCGUCCUGGCGGACAACCUCCUCAAGACCGACAUCGUCCAGGAGAACACGGACAACAUCCAGCUGGAGGUAGCCCGGAUGAGCACAGAUGGGAACCUUCCAGACCUUAAAUUCCCACAAACUGGUGGCCAUGGCAACUCCAUUCACUUAUCAGCAAGCACCUUGAAACAACAUGGGAGAAAUGGCGAGAUCCGGAUAGCCUUCGUCCUCUACAAACACAUCGGGGCCUACCUCUCCACAGAGAACGCCAGCAUGAAGCUGGGCAGCGAGGCCAUGGCCACCAACUACUCGGUCAUUGUCAACUCGGCCGUCAUCACCGCGGCCAUCAACAAAGACACCAACAAAGUCUACCUGUCAGACCCGGUCAUCUUCACGCUGAAACACCUGCAGCAGUCGGAGGAGAACUUCAACCCCAACUGUUCCUUCUGGGGCUACUCCAAGAAGACCAUGACUGGUUACUGGUCAACUCAAGACUGCAGGUUGCUAGGCACCAACAGGACACACACCACGUGUUCGUGCACACACCUGACCAACUUUGCUGUCCUCAUGGCUCAUGUGGAAGUCAAGAACACAGACCCGGUCCACGACCUGCUGCUGGACGUCAUCACCUGGGUGGGAAUCCUGCUAUCCCUCGUCUGCCUGCUCAUCAGCCUCUUCACCUUCUGCUUCUUCCGGGGCCUCCAGAGCGACCGCAACACCAUCCACAAGAACCUCUGCAUCAGCCUCUUCAUCGCCGAGUCCCUCUUCCUGGUGGGCAUCAACCGCGCCGACCAGCCGAUCGCCUGUGCGGUGUUCGCCGCCCUGCUCCACUUCUUCUUCCUGGCGGCGUUCACCUGGAUGUUCCUGGAGGGCGUGCAGCUCUACGUCCUGCUGGUGGAGGUGUUCGAGAGCGAGCACUCGCGCCGCCGCUACUUCUACCUGGUGGGCUACGGCGUGCCCGCCCUCAUCGUGGCCGUGUCGGCCGCCGUCGACUACCGGAGCUACGGCACCGACCGAGUGUGUUGGCUCCGACUGGACACAUACUUCAUCUGGAGCUUCAUAGGACCGGCAACCUUGAUAAUUAUGCUCAACGUGAUCUUCUUGGGAAUCGCACUCUACAAGAUGUUCCACCACACCGCCAUUUUGAAACCAGACUCUGGUUGUCUGGACAACAUCAACUAUCAGGAUUACGAACCUGAGAUCAAAUCCUGGGUCAUCGGGGCCGUGGCCCUGCUCUGCCUGCUGGGGCUGACCUGGGCCUUCGGCCUGAUGUACGUCAACGAGAGCACGGUGGUCAUGGCCUACUUGUUCACCAUCUUCAACUCCCUCCAGGGCAUGUUCAUCUUCAUCUUCCACUGUGUCCUUCAGAAGAAGGUGCGUAAAGAGUAUGGGAAGUGCCUGCGUACCCACUGCUGUAGUGGUAAAAGUGUGGAGAGCUCCAUUGGCUCAGGGAAGAGCACUGCCUCUCGUGCUCCCGGACGCUACUCCACAGGGUCACAGAGUCGUAUCCGUCGCAUGUGGAACGACACAGUGAGGAAACAGUCUGAGUCCUCCUUCAUGACUGGUGACAUCAACAGCUCAGCGUCGCUCAACAGAGAGCCCUACAGAGAGACAAAGGGAAUCCUGAACAAUGCCAGGGAUACAAGUGUCAUGGAUACUCUACCACUGAAUGGUAACCACGGCAACAGCUACAGCAUCGCCAGCGCCGAGUACAUGAGCGACUGUGUCCAGAUCAUCGACCGGGGCUACAACCACAAGGAGACGACGCUGGAGAAGAAGAUCCUGAAAGAGCUCACGUCCAACUACAUCCCCUCUUACCUGAACAACCACGAACGCUCGGCCGAGCAGAACCGCAACCUCAUGAACAAGCUGGUCAACAACGUGAGCAACGGCGGCAAGGACGGCGGGUACGGCAUGGGCAUGGGGAUGAACGUGACUCUGGGCCUGGACGACCACUCCUCCUUCCCCUGCCACCAUGACGAAGGUCUGGGCCUGGAGCUCAUCCGCGAGGAGUCCAACGCCCCCCUGCUGCCCCAGCGGCCGCCUCCGCCCCUCCAGGCAGUGGACAACCUCCACAACCACCUCCACCAGUCGGCGGCCCCUCCCCUGCCGCUCCCCCACCACCCCUUCUCCUCCUCCACCAACACCUCCUCGUCCUCCCGGAGGAGGAUCCCCCAGGAGAACAGCGAGAGCUUCUUCCCCCUGCUGACUAACGAGCACACCCAGGAGCAGGCCUCGUCGCCCGGACACAACCACCACCGGGACUCCCUCUACACCAGCAUGCCCAUGCUGGCCGGCCUGCCCGACGCCUCCGGCAACGGAGACAGCGCCAAGGACGCCGGCGGAGAGGCCCUCCCGGCGGGCAAGAGCCCCGAAGCCAGCUCGGACGACGUCUAUUACAAGAGCAUGCCCAACCUGGGCUCGCGCAACCACCUCCACCAGCUGCACUCGUACUACCACCUGGGCCGCGGCAGCAGCGACGGGUUCAUCGUCCCCCCCAACAAGGAGGAUCUAUCCCCUGAAGAAACCCCCCCGGAGCCCUCUCACCUGGUCACCAGCCUAUAGACCCUUGCGGACCGCCACCUCCCCCCCCCCAUCACGCUCUCUACUCUCCUGCCGUGAUCCUCCACCCUAGCCCCCCUCCCCCAGCCCCCCUUGUGCUGAUCAGUUGUUCGGCAGUGGUAGCCUUUUUUUUAUUCUGUGUACUAUACUGACGACUGAGAUGAAGAACGACACCAGAACAUCGCUAGUGCUGACCACAAUUGGAAUACAGAGAUACUUUGUUGGGUGGCUAAUGUGACUAGACUCGUUUGAACGUGCUGGAACUAUGGAUGUGCGUUUCUUGUUUUUGUGCAUCUCAAAUCCUGGAUUGACGCUUAUGGAUUGACGCUUUUUGUCUCAGCGUGAUAAGAGACUAGUACUCUGGUGGGACUUUUGGGCAGUGAAAUUCAUUUUGACAGUCCAAAGGAACUACACACGGCCCAAAGCUUCACAACGACUAGUUCAUGAGCAGAGUAAACCAGAACAAAGACGGGGAUUAAAAAAAAAAACUAUUUUAUUAUACUUCUGUAUCCAUUCUGGCUUUUUGAAAGAUUUUCUUCCUCUUGUGAAUUGCAGCACUUUUUUUCCGCUGAAGUGUUCCUGCAAGUCAAACAAAAACUGAUUUUGAACGAUUCUCAUGAAGGACAUCUUUAUCAUAUAUACUGUAUGCUUUAGAGCAUAUCUUUUCUGUUCCCUUUUCCUUUUGCUGUAAUAAUAACAAUUGUUAAAAAAGAGGGAGAAAAAAACUAAUAACAGAGAAUUAUGAGAUAUUUCUAUGUAACUGUACAGAUACUAGCAUUGCACAUAAUAGUAUGCUUUUUGUUCCCACCCAAACCUUUGUCUCUGUAAAUGUAGUGGAUAGGAGCAUUUCCUUUUUGUUGUGCUGGUCUUGUUGGAAUUCUGAUACCAGUGUGAACAUUGUUUUUUCUUUAUCCUGUCAUUUGUUUUCCAAGAAACAACAAACAAAACAGCAAAACAAAAUAACAACAACAAAAAAAUCACAAAACAAAGCACUCGCCGUACUUUUUUCUAGCAGUGUAUUCACCAAUGUUUUCUGAACCAUUUUGUUUUACAGCUUCAGUUUCUUCACUGUGUAGAUAGAUGGAGAUUUCUGGUUCAAGUACCACAUAAUGGACAGAUGCUAGGUGUCUGAAAAGUAAGCCAAGAUACUGUUCAAUGUCCUGCAGAGAGGUGAGCAGAGCAGCCUGGAUUUGUCUGGCAGUCAGAUGAAGCUCUGGUGCUUUUCAGAAAGAGUACAAAUUGAAUAUUGAUGAGCACUAGGCACUUGUUAAAAUAAAGAUGGCUGUUUUACUUAUUAAAGAAAAAACCUUCGAAGUGAAAAAUCAACUGGAGAAGUGUUUUUCUUUUUUCCCCUCAAGGGGAAAAAUAUUUAUUUAUUUGUUAAAAAAAACUACAAUAAUCUGAAAAAUGGAGGUGAAGAAUUUAGCAGCACAGAUUAGUUUUUAUUAUGAGUAUGAUUAUGCCAUUUUAUUUAUUCAUUUUUGUAUUGGUUUCCAAGUUGAAUGACCUCAUAACUAAUAUUUGUUGUAACAGUGAAACUUGUUUGCCAACAAAUAAAUUACUGAUUAAGAUUCA